AUGGCGACUAGAAGAGAAGGAACUGAGGAUACGUUCAAUGAGUUGGUGGCGCUGCUGCGACGCAAUGAAGGCGACGAGAAACAUGCGGCGGACGUGGAAAUGGACACGCCGCACACCUUCUACGAGCCCUGGGGAGAGCCGGGCUCCUGGGCUCUUGGGUGA